UCUAUGGAAAGAGGAAGACACUGGAAGAUGAGAGUGCAGUGGCAAUUUUGUGUUUUCUUCACGAUUUUAGGCUGCCUGGUAUAUGGUGUUCACUGCGAGCCAUCAGUAUUGCCCAGUGAAUGUGCCCCAUGGACACGGCUGUCCAAUGGAAUCAACCAGUACCAGGGAAAGCAGAAUAAAGGCAUGGACAUAGCCUGCAAAGACCACAGCCAUGACAAGUGUGAGCAGCUGGAUUGUGGAGGCAGAUACAACCUAGAUUUUGUUAGUCUGGAGUUAAACGUGUGCAUGGGUCUAGUCUUCCAUCACUGCAACAAUCCUCCAGCUAUAGAGGUCAAUAUACAGCUACCAACUCUAAACAGCACCAUCCACAAACUGAUAGUCCACAAUGACACCAUUCCCAUCCCAGGCCUGAGUAGAAAUGUUGGCAGAAAUCGAGCCGAAGUUGUAUUGUAUGUGGAACUCAUGAGAAGGAACACAACAAGCUUUUUCUUCAGGAUGUCGGGACGUGUUCGUCUGACAACAACCGUGUUUGGUCGUGAGAUCACAGACUGGCCGGAACAUUUACAGAGAGAUAUAAUCACUAUUGACAAUAUCCCAGUGAGCAGAUGUAGCACAACGACCAACGCAACAUUGUCACCACUCAAGGUGUGUGAUGUCAGCGAUUACAUCGGGACCGCUCCGGACUCAACCGUAAAACCUUCUACACCAAUCAAAAUCACUUCAAUACACUACAAUAAAUCCUGUACAUCGGGAUCGAUGAGACAGUCCCAGUGUGGUUACGGCGAAGCCUGCAUCAACAAUCGCUGUCUGUGUGCCUACGACUACCAGUUAUCCUCUCAUGGUGUCUGUGAUUUUAUCGGAAAAACAAGACCGGGACCUAUACUAAACAUACCUAUCAGUCAAUUGGAUCCAUCCCAACCAGGGGUGCCUCUGUCUGCGGGACAGAAUCAAUCAUCGAACCCCACCAAGGUCAAUAGUAAGUAA